AUGAAGAUUACCGCUUUCCUACUAGCAUGCUCUGGCGCCCAAGCCUUCACCUCCGUUUCUAGCAACAUGAGAAUAUUGACUGCCGUUUCGUCGUCGACAGGAUCUGGUGGUGACUGGUUUUAUCAACACAAUGGAAGCAUUUCACAAGAAGACCAUUUGGCGCCCGGGGUCGCACCUGACAACUGGAUGUAUGAUGCCUGGGGUGGUAUUGGUCAAACUGACUUUGCCCCCAAGGCAGUUGGCGAGGAUGACUGGUGCUACCAACCCUGGUCUGGCAUCAAGCAAACUGAUUUCUAUCCCGUUUCACAAGCUGCAAACCAAAUGAUGUCUGCGCCUGUACCAACUGCUUCCGCACCAGCUUCCAUGCCUCCUCCAGCCCAAACGAUGCCCGAGCAAUCUGUUCCAGAAACCAUGCCUGAACAAGCUAUGGCCGAUAUGCAGGCCGCUGGUGCUCAAGCCCAAGCAUAA